UCUGCUUUAUCUCUUUAUCUUCUGUGCUCCUACGAUUCUGUUUCACUGUCUUCAGAACCCAGCCUUCAAGAUGAGCGGCCCAAUAGCACCCACCGAGAUCCCCAGCGACAAACCAAGCUCAAUCAUCCCUCACAAAGAAAUUGAGAAGUCUCCAUACCUUCACGAAAGUAGCGAAAGCGUCGAUAGGGUCGCGGAGAAGAAACUUCUCUGGAAAGUAGAUCUCCAUGUCGUCCCGGCACUAGGCAUUCUCUAUAUGCUAGCAUUCCUAGAUCGCAUCAAUAUAGGAAAUGCAAAGAUCCAGAAUAUGACCACCGAGCUCCAUAUGGUGGGCAAUGAUUAUAGCAUCGCUCUAUUUAUCUUCUUCAUUCCGUACAUCUUACUUGAAGUCCCGUCGAACAUCAUUAUUCGAAAGAUCGCACCCUCGAUUUGGCUUUCUGCCAUUAUCUUCUUUUGGGGUGUGUGUACUGUCUGCGAAGGGCUUGUGAAGAACUUUGGGUCCCUCGUCGCAUUACGCUUUUUACUUGGGAUCUUUGAGGCGGGCUUGGUGCCUGGUGCUGUAUAUCUCAUCAGCAUGUACUAUAAGAGGUACGAGCUACAAUGGAGACUGAGCGUGUUCUUCUGCGCGAGUAUUCUCGCUGGCGCCUUUGGUGGGUUGCUGGCGUAUGGGUUGGCGCAUAUGGACGGCAUUGGUGGAUACAGUGGCUGGCGCUGGAUCUUUAUAAUCGAAGGCCUCUUAACGAUCGUCGUCGCCAUCUCUUUCAAAUUCCUGCUGGUCGACUGGCCCGAAACCGCCAGCUUCCUCACCCCCGCUGACCGCGCUCUCCUCCUCCAUCGCCUCUCCAUGGACACCGGCGAAGCACGCAUGGAUGUCCUGGAUCGCCGCGCCGCGAAACGCAUAUUCAGCGAUUGGAAAAUCUAUUGCGGAACACUGAUGUAUAUGGGGGUCGUGACGACCGGCUACGCAACCUCGUUUUUCAUCCCGACCAUCAUUCAAGAAAUGGGCUUCACGGCCGCAGAAAGCCAAGUGCGAAGUAUCCCCAUCUUUAUCGUUGCUGCGGUCGUGGCAUUAGGCGUGGCUUGGUGGACGGAUCGAUUACAGCACCGCUACGCGUUUACGAUGGCGGGUGUGUUGGUCGGUAUGGUAGGUUAUGUGAUUUUGCUAUGCCAGGAUGGAGUCUCGACGGGGGUCAAGUAUAUGGCUUGUUUCUUCAUCACGACAGGGGGAUAUAUGACACAGCCUGUCACCUGGACCUGGCUAAGUAAUAACAUGGGCGGCCAUUAUAAGCGCUCUAUCGCAAUGGCCCUGCAAAUCGGUCUGGGAAAUCUAGGAGGUAUCGUAGCAUCCAAUGUCUACAUUGCGAAUCAAAGUCCGCGGUACAAGGUAGGAUAUGGUACGAGUCUGGCGAUGCUCUUGAUGUGUGGGCUGGCGUGCACGGUUUUCUAUCUAGGUCUGAAGGCGGAGAAUCGCAGGCGGGAUGGGGGCGAGAGGGAUUAUCGCUUUACGGAAGAGCAGCUGGAUAAUAUGGGAGACGACCAUCCGGAUUUCCGCUAUACCUUGUGAGGGUUUCCCAUGAAGGAAAGCGGUACCGUGGGAACGACGCUCGCAAACUAGCUAGUUCAUCUGUAUCUUAAGGGAGGAGGAACCUUGAUGGUUGGACUCUAUCUCUAUCUCUAUAUCAAGAUUCAAAUAUACUAGUCACCGACGACUGUUCUAGCUUUCCUUUCCUCUGAAU